UGUUCAGUGUCUGCUGGAGUCUACAGCUGUCCCCAGUGCACAGAGACCUUCAACCCAAAGCCUGUUUUAAGAAGAAAACACCAUGCUGGCUGGAGUGGUGGAAAAACUGAAGAAGACUGAACUCCAAGCUGCUCCUCCUGCUCACUGUUACGCUGGACCUGGAGACGUGGCGUGUGAUGUCUGCACUGGGAGAAAGCGCAAAGCUGUGAAGUCCUGUCUGGUGUGCCUGGUGUCUUACUGUGAAACUCACCUCCAGCCUCACUAUGAAUCGCCUGCCUUUGAGAAGCACAAACUGGUCAAAGCCACUGGAAACCUGCAGGAGAAGAUCUGCUCUCAUCAUGACAAACUGCUGGAGGUUUACUGUCGUACCGAUCAGCAGUGUAUCUGUUAUCUGUGUACGAUGGAUGAACACAGAGGCCAUGAUACAGUCUCAGCUGCAGCAGAAAGGACUGAGAAACAGAAGCAGCCGGGGGAGAGAGAGAGUAAAUUCCAGCAGAGAAUCCAGGAGAGAGAGAAGGAGCUGCAGGAUCUGAGACAGGCUGUGCAGUCACUCAAGCGCUCUGCACAGGCAGCAGUGGAGGACAGUGAGAGGAUCUUUACUGAGCUGAUCCGCUCCAUUGAGAGAAGGCGCUCUGAGGUGAAAGAGCUGAUCAGAGACCAGGAGAAGGCUGAAGUGAGUCGGGCUGAAGGACUCCUGGAGCGACUGGAGCAGGAGAUUGCUGAGCUGAGGAGGAGAGACGCUGAGCUGGAGCAGUUUUCACACACAGAGGAUCACACCCAUUUCCUCCAGAGCUGUCAGUCUCCCUGUGCCCCUCCUGGUCCUGGAGACUUACCCAGCAUCACUGUCAGUCCACUCGUCUCUUUUGCGGCUGUGAGGAAAUAUGUCUCUGAGCUGAAAGAGCGACUGGAGGACGUCUGCAAGGAGGAGUUAGUCAAAAUAUCUUACUCAGUCAGUGUCCAUGUUCUAGAGCCCCUGACCAGAGAAGACUUCAUUGAAUAUUCCUGUCCGCUCACACUGGAUCCCAACAGUGCUCACAGAAACCUCAGUCUGUCUGAGGGGAACAGAGAGGUGACCUGUGUGGAAAAGAUCCAGUCAUAUCCUGAUCAUACAGAGAGAUUUGACUGUUGGGAGCAAGUGCUGUGCAGAGAGGGUCUGUCUGGACGCUGUUACUGGGAGGUUGAGUGGAAAGGGAAGGGGGUUUCUAUAGCAGUCUCAUAUAAAGAGAUCAGCAGGAAAGGAGAGGGUGGUGACUGUGGGAUGGGGGCCAACGCAAAGUCUUGGUCUUUGUGCUGCUCUCCCUCCAGUUACACUUUCUGGCACAAUAACGGGCGCAUUAAAGUUCCUCUCCCCCCCUCCUCCAGAAUAGGAGUGUACCUGGAUCACAGGGCAGGAACUCUGUCCUUCUACAGCGUCUCUGACACAAUGACCCUCCUGCACAGAGUCCAGACCACAUUCACUCAGCCCCUCUAUCCUGCGUUCCGGGUGUGGUCUUGCAGCUCUUCUGUGAAACUGUGUGGUCUGGGAUAAAGAGAGUGUUUAACCCAGGGGAUACAGGUUUGAAUCUCAGGUGAGGCAUUGCCAUUGCAGCCUUAAGCUGCUCAACCUGAAUCGUGUCCCAUGGCAGCUGUUGUUUUUCUAGAACAGUGGGAAUUGUUUUGUAAUUGUGGAAUAUCUACACCUUUAUUUGUUACAUGUUUUUCUGUGUAGAUGUAAAUAGGGACAGAUUUGUAAUUAUUCCACUUCCUCUUCCUUUUUUUUUUUUUUACCUUUUCCACGUUUUUUCUUUUUAUUUUAAAAUCCAAUCAACUGACUUGUACAGUGCAGAUAAUCAAAAUAUUUCCUGUAUCAUUUUAAGUUGGGUUCAUGAUUAUUAUCCUAAGAAAAUACAUUUUGCAUACAUAACUAAAGAUUUCAUGAACACAGAGACAAAUAUCACAGAAAUACCACUCCAUUACACAUGGGCAAAAACAUAAGGUGUUUUUAUUGAUUCUUUUAAUUUGAUGAGGAUAUACUUCGUUUUCGCAUUAUCAUAGACACUCUGUACUUUGAGUUUUCUUUAUUAAUUUAACCUGUGCUGAGGCCAGGGUAGCCCAUGCAUGUUGUCCAUUGCAAUGCUUUUAGGCCCUUGUUAUGCCUCUGGCAUGACGAGCACUGCAGAUUAAUGUUCAGAAUGUAGCACUGAGAAAUAACAGAAUAAAAUAAAAUCAUGCAUUUUGAAAUCCA